GUCUCUCCCUCACGAGCGGCGAUAGAUCCAUUUCGAAACCCUCCUCAUCUCCGCUACGCGCCCAAGAAGCCUCAUCCUCGACGGAAGCGGCGUCAAUGGAGGUUCCCAAGGAUCACAUCACCACCCUUCUCGACAACGGCCUCUUCUACUCCGCCCAGAUGCUGGGCUGCUUUCUUGUAUCUUCAGUGGUUACAAACAGUGAAGCCAGUCCAUAUCUGAAGGCUGAAAACUUGGUUCUUCAAGGUGAUGCUUUAUUCGGGGAGAAAGAAUUUCGUAGAGCCCUGAGUAUGUACAAACAAGCACUUCAACACUGCAAAAUUAUUUCAAAGCAAACAAUGAAUAAUUCUAGAAGCUCAUUUUCUGCGUCAAGUAGAUCAUCGUCACCAAAUUCAAUGAAUGUCUCCCCAGUCAAUGAAAAUGAGGUGAAGUUUAAAAUUACACUUUGUCAUUGCGCACUAAGCGAAAACCGUCCUGCUCUUGUAGAGAUGGAAGGAAUCCCUCCAAAAGCAAGAACAUUACGAAUGAAUCUUACAUUGGGGAAGCUUUAUCGGAUUUCUAGACACAACCGAUCUGCCAUUGCAUGCUACAAAGAUUGUUUAAGGAAUUGUCCAUAUGUUUUGGAGGCCAUUACAGCUUUGGCUGAGCUAGGAGUUUCUUCGAAGGAAGUAUCAUCCUUGUUCCCCCAGGUCUAUAACACCCCAAGUAGAGGAGGAAGGCCACCCUUCGAUCACUUGGAUCCAGCUCGUUGGUUGCAUCGUUAUGUAGAGGCUCAGUGCUGCAUUGCUUCAAGUGAUUAUAAAGGUGGCCUCGACCAUCUUUCCGAAUUAUUACAACAAUUUCCUAAUAAUGUGCACAUCUUAUUGGAAAUUGCAAAGGUUGAAGCUAUCAUUGGAAGACAUGAUGAAGCAAUAAUGAACUUUGAAAAGGUUCGUUCAAUUGAUCCAUUCAUUGUGACAUAUAUGGAUGAAUAUGCGAUGCUUCUAAAGCUGAAAUCUGACAUCUCUAAGCUAAAUAAGUUAGUUCAUGAUCUGCUAAACAUUGAUCCUACUAGAGCAGAAGUUUUUGUUGCAUUAUCAGCAUUAUGGGAGAGGAAGGAUGAGCGAAGAGCUUUGUCAUAUGCUGAGAAGAGUCUCAGAAUAGAUGAUAGGCACAUAUCAGGUCAUAUUAUGAAGGGUAACCUGUAUCUGUCAUUAAACCGGCCAGAUGCUGCAGUGACCGCCUUCAGAGGGGCUCAAGAGUUAAGACCUGAUCUUCGCUCGUACCAAGGACUAGUCCGUUCUUAUCUUGCUCUUUCAAAAACCAAGGAGGCUCUCUUUAUCGCGCGUGAGGCCAUGAAAUUAAUGCCUCAAUCAGCAAAAGCUCUCAAGUUAGUUGGGGAUGUUCAUGCUAGUAGUUCUAGCGGGAGAGAGAAGGCAAGGAAGUUUUAUGAAUCCGCUUUACGACUCGAGCCUGGUUUUCUUGGAGCUGCUUUAGCGUUGGCUGAGUUGCAUGUUGUUGAGGGACGACAUAAAGAUGCUGUCUCACUUCUGGAGAGGUAUGUUAAAGACUGGGCUGAUGACUCCCUGCACAUCAAGUUAGCUCAGGUUUUUGCAGCUACAAAUAUGCUUUCAGAAGCUCUGUCUCAUUAUCAAGCUGCUUUGAGGAUAAAUCCUCAAAAUGAAGCUGCAAAGAAAGGUUUGGAGCGCUUGGAGAAGCAGAUGAAGGUUUGGCUAAUGAAAAUUUGCUGCUCUUUGAUUUUUACUGCUUGGGUCCAGAAAUCCCUUUUUAUCUCUCUUCUGUGCUUGCAGGGAAUGGAUCCGGAUGCACCUGAUGAAGAAGAAGAGAAUGAAGCUGACGAUGCAGAAGGUGAUCAAGAAGAGGGUGAACUGCUCUAGUAUCUUAAUGUUAACGGGGGUGUUGGUCCCUCUACGUAGGGUGAACUUUCUCUACAUGGUGGAGGAGACAGACAGAGGCCACCAGAAUUAAAGUUUUAUCCAGAGG